AUGUUCGUUAUUAAAAUUAAAAUUCAAUUUCAUAAUUAUGAAACGAAUUAUUUAAUAGCAUUAGAAUAUUGUAAUUCAAAUGAAGAAGGGAAGUGGAUAUAUUUGUUAUUCUUUUUUUUGUUAUUUGGUAUUUUGAUGAUAAUGAAAUAUUUCAUUAUUAAAUCUUAUCAUUAUUUAUUUCUGUUUUAUAAUUUUACAAAUUUUUCUCUUUUAAAUUUUGUUUCUUUUUAUAAAAAUUAUUCUUUUUUGGUAAUAACCAUUUUUGUUAUUUUAUUUAUUUCUAGUUUCAAGAAGAUUGAUGGAGGAGAGGAAAUUGGUAUGAACUAA